AUGCAAAUACUUUUUUCCAAGAUUCGUGUGGCUUAUGAAGACUGGAAACCUGUGAGAGACAGUCCUUUGCGCCACAUAAGACAUCCUGUAUAUCAUAAAUCUAAUGGAUACAGUUACAUCCCAGGUAAAAAAGGAAUGCAUCAAACUGCAGAACAAUCUGAAAAGAUUGAAGUCUUUUCACCAGCACCUCCGACUAUUCUAGGAUCAUUUAGCGUUUUUGGACAUGCAACGGUAAAUGCCAGGGAACAUGCAUCUCAAAUAAACAAGAAACUAACAAGACCCCACCUUGGAGAAUUAGCUGGAGUAGAAUCAAGACCGAAAGUUUCUAAUUAUCAAUUUCGGCACCAAUACCCACACGCAUACUCCAAUUAUCACCACAGUGAUUUAAAGCGACCUCAAUAUGCUGCUAAUGAACAAUCUUAUUUCUAUGAAGGUUCUUUAAGACCACCUCCCCACGAACAAAGCAAAGCGUAUACGCACUCGUCAUUGGCUCCAGCUUCAUACUAUGGUUAUGACCAGGGACACGUAGGAGGACAAGUUUACCACGAAGAAAAAUAUUAUAGACCCCAGAAGGUAUAUAACUCUUUCCAACAUCCUUCUCCUACUUAUUCAACUCAGCAUAAUGCCUACAAAACAACAUUAUCUCCUUCUAACUAUGAUUCGACUUAUUCAUACUACAGCAGUCCUGGUAGUCAAAUAGAUACGGAGUAUUAUAAUCAAAAUCCAGUUGGAGCUAUUCCUUUGAACACCAAGACCGAUUCCAAACUGAAGCCAGUGACAGAAAAUAAUGUCCAUGAACAUUUAUCUCACUAUGGCAGGCCUUUUCAAAAUGCUCAAUCUUACACCACGGCCGACAAACUUAGUGAUAACAUAGAUACGUUUGUUACAACGUUUCCUGCUCCUUCUACUGUUGAAACGAAAUUGAGGUUUUCUGACGUAGCUCAACCAUUCAAGGUUUCAAGUUUUGAAAAUGUUGCUGUAUCCAGCUCAAAACCUGACAUUAAUCAACCGGUUUAUACAGAAGAUGUUUAUCCCAUAAGCGUUACCACAAUCGAUGUUCCAACAGCAGUAAAUACGCAAAAUAUUAAGAACGACUAUGAUGAAUACGAUACAAAAUAUCAGAAACCAUUUAAACCAAGUCCUUUCGAUCAUUCAAAUCAUAAAAUUACGACUAACUCGUACAAAAACUAUAAUGAAAAUAAUCCACCUGCCUUCUUGCCAACUCCAUCGACCGAUGUAUCACCUUACUUGACGGAACCCAAAAGUGAAAUUACUACUAUCAAUCCAGUGCUUAACUAUUAUCAAGAAUCGAACUCCUUAUCUUCAGUCGACAACAAACCUGAAGAUCCUAGCGAAUCUUACACUGAAAUCUAUUCAACAGUUCCUAUCGAAACAACAACAAAAUCUAUACCCGUAAGGUCUAGGAGACCAUCUAGACCACCAUUUUCUUCCACAAGUACCACUAACUACAACAAUCAAUACUGGGACAGCUAUUACAAACACCAACGCAGAAGAAGACCUACCAAUAAAGUCCGAUCAAGAGAAAAUGUUGAGAAAAAUAAUUACAACAAACAAAGAACCACGACAACAACUACCACUACAACUGCACCUGAAAAUGAAGAAGUAGAUGUAUUAGAUUAUACGACAGUAUCACCAGAAAUAAACUCACCUUUAAAUAGAGAACAAUAUGAAUACACUGGUGACAAAAUCGAGCCAACUAUUGCCUUAGAAACGGUAAACGAAAAACAUAAUAUUAAAAAUAUGGACUUGGAUGAAACUAACACAAAAUUUGACGAUAUAACCAAUGCUAGCUCAAGUACUACAACAACAACAACUCCUACAACACAGGUUACAACAGUACCACCGGUGUCUGUGGAACCAGGUAAUCGUCUUAAAAAUAAAUAUGGCAAUCGACCACGAUUCAGCAUAAAAGACUACAGGGAAAAAUUGAAUAGAGCUUCAACAACAGCUAGCCCCCAAGAAAAUGAGAAAUCUAAACCAAUUAGAAACGAAACUGAAUUCAAAUUUAGAAGAACAAAAUCUCCAACUGUUGCACGUACUACCACAGAAUCAUCAGAAUCGAUACAAACAUCUUUUGAACAUAAAUUUCAAAAGUACAAAACGAGAGGAACAUCUUGGUACAAAUCUACGUCAACCACUACACCUAGCAAUAAUGCAGAAAUUACGACCACUGAGCGAUCGAAUUCCUUUAAACCUAGUACCAAUCGAUACAAACCAGGAACUGGAAAAUAUUACAGCAGAUAUAGAACAUCAACAGUUGCACCAAAAGAAGUUGAUGACAGUCCUACAACUACAACGAAAGUUACUAUUCGACCAAAAGGUGUUUUCUCUGCAAAACGUCAACCCUUUCCCUUAAAAUCUAAGCCAACAACGCCCAAAAGUGAAGACGAAGAAGAAGACGAAGUGCCCUUAUUCUCGGAUUCAUUGAAAACUAAUGAAAAUGAAGUAUAUUCAUCUGUUAUAACGAAAAAAAUGGAUGAUGCGACUACGACUACCAUUUCAACCGGAGAUGAAAAAGAAGCCAGCGACAAGGAAGUAGGAGAGCUCACAGGUUUGGAGUCGUCAAGAGUAGCUGAUCUAACUUCAUCGUCCAGCAAUGAUUUUAAACAAUCAAGUCAUUAUAAAAGUGAUAAAGCAGCUAGUAAAAGACCUUUAUCGAAAAUAACUUUACCAACGGAUAACCCCAUCCUUCCAUUAGAAGCGUUUUUUCAAAUACAACAAUAA